UCACGUGACGCCCGGCCCGGAAGCGCUCGCUCCCGAGACCCCCCAGGUGGCGGGGUCGGGAGCUGCCGCCGGGAGCCAGCGCGGAGGUCGAGGUCGCGGGGAUCCCUGCAGUUUCCCGCUCCCCUCAUCCGCCGCCAUGGCCUGGACCAAGUACCAGCUGUUCCUGGCCGGGCUCAUGCUCGUCACCGGCUCCAUCAACACGCUCUCGGCCAAGUGGGCAGACAACUUCGUGGCACAGGGCUGUGGAGGAAGCAAGGAGCACAGCUUCCAGCAUCCCUUCCUUCAGGCAGUGGGCAUGUUCCUGGGGGAGUUCUCCUGCCUGGCUGCCUUCUACCUGCUUCGGUGCCGAGCGGCAAGGCACCCAGACGCCAGCAUGGAUCCCCAGCAGCCCUUCAAUCCCCUCCUUUUCCUGCCCCCUGCCCUGUGCGACAUGACGGGGACCAGCAUCAUGUAUGUGGCCCUGAACAUGACGAGUGCCUCCAGCUUCCAGAUGCUGCGAGGAGCAGUGAUCAUAUUCACAGGCCUAUUCUCAGUGGCCUUCCUGGGGCGGAGGCUGGCGCUGAGCCAGUGGCUGGGCAUCCUUGCCACCAUCGCAGGGCUGGUGGUUGUGGGCCUGGCCGACCUUCUGAGCAAGCAUGAUGAUCAGCACAAACUCAGCGAAGUGAUCACAGGGGACCUGCUGAUCAUCAUGGCCCAGAUCAUUGUCUCCAUCCAGAUGGUGCUCGAGGAGAAGUUUGUCUACAGGCAUAAUGUUCACCCACUGCGGGCAGUUGGCACUGAGGGCCUCUUUGGCUUCGUGAUCCUCUCCCUGCUGCUGGUACCCAUGUACUAUAUCCCUGCCGGCUCCUUCAGUGGAAGCCCCCGAGGUACGCUGGAGGAUGCGCUGGACGCCUUCUGCCAGGUGGGCCGACAACCGCUCAUCGCCCUGGCGCUGCUGGGCAACAUCAGCAGCAUCGCCUUCUUCAACUUCGCGGGCAUCAGCGUCACCAAGGAACUGAGCGCCACUACCCGCAUGGUGCUGGACAGCCUGCGUACCAUUGUCAUUUGGGCGCUGAGCCUGGCGCUGGGCUGGGAGGCCUUCCACCCUCUGCAGAUCCUGGGCUUCCUCAUCCUGCUGACAGGCACUGCCCUCUACAAUGGGCUGCACCGCCCACUGCUCACCCGCCUGGCCAGGGGCCGGCCCCUGGCAGAAGAGGAUGAGCACGAGAGACUGCUUGGUGGCUCCCGGACUCCCAUCAAUGAUGCUAGCUGAGCCUCUCAUGGGUUCUCCGCUGCUACCUGGAUGCACCUUGUCCACCCUGAGGCCGAGGCCACAUAGGCUGGUGAGCCUCCCGUGUCUUGUUCCCAAAGGCCUCACUGCACCCCUCCCCAACGCCCCUUCCCCCUCCAGGGCAGCUGCUGCCACAGGAGAUGACCAGACACCCGGGUCCUCCUUUGUCACCACCCCCUGCAACCCCCACAGGCCUGAGCACAGUGACCGACCCCUGCCAGGCUCCCCUCAACCCCCAAAGCCCCUCCUGCAGCACUAGCACUAAAUCAUGAAGUGGAAUUGCAGGAACUAACAACUGUAAGGUUUCCUCCUAAAACAUAAGCUAAAUUUGGUUCUCCAGAGAAGAGAGGUCAGUGAGCAAAUUCAAACCAGACCUAAGCGCCGUGUUUUCUAAAAUUGCAAGUUAUUCGCCAACCCUGUCUUGGAGACCUAAGUCUUAGCUGGAUUGUGCACAAACUCAGCAGAUGUCCCCCAGCCCCUUACCUAGUGGCCCUGGGCCUUGGAGUCCUUGUCUAGAAAGCAGAAGAUGCAGAUGUUGUGGCUUCGGUGCCUCCCAGCCUCUGCUGGGCCCAUCCUGUGGGAAAGGAGGAGCCCAUUCUUUGCAAAGGCUCCUCUACCCUCUGUGCCUCCUCCCCAUUGGUGUCCUGGCUACCACACUCUGAAGGCUUCCCUGCCUGGGACAGAUGACAGGGAAUUCCAAGCAGCUCUUCAGAGCAGUUUUGAUGAACUGCUUCACCUUCCAUUUUAAAGAUGAAAAGACUGAGGCCCAGAGAUGUAAGUGGUUUUACAAGAGGGCACUCCUGCAGUGGACUCUGGCCGAGCAGCCUCGUGAUCUGCUGCAGGCUGGGAUCCAGAGCACAUCUGGACUUCAGCCGUACUCCCAGCAACCUGACUCCAUAGAUAUCCCCCCGGGGUAAUGAAUUUGCCAGGACUCCACCAUUUAGAGGAAUUCUGGUCUCCUAGACAUGAGCUAAAUGCUUAACACUAAUCCUCUGGUGUAACAACCUGCACAGGUGGGUGUAGAUGAGGAAGCCAUGGCCCAGAGGUGGUUAACUGACUUCCUCACAGAACCAGGAUUUCAAGCUAGGUUUGCCUGAUUCCAGACCUCCAGCCCCACCCACCGUACAGGUCUCCCUGGGGUCUUUGGGGUACAUUUCCCAAGGCCGGAAUAAAAGCUUCAUUUGCUGUUGUCCUCCCCACCCUGAAGAGAGGGGACUGGCAUUGGGGGGCCCCAGGGAGUGAAGCAGCCCUUCCUUAUGGAGUUCCUCACUCCGUGGCAGUUUCUGGAGCCUCAGUCCAUUUUUCUGGGCAGCUCAAUCAUAAAACAAAACACCAAAUGCCUUCCUUAAAAUAGAUUCUGGGGGAAGGGAUCUAUGACAAGCAAAGCCCUUAGGCUGUGUGGGAAUCAGCAGGUUAUUACAGUUUGUUGGGAGAAGAGGGCCUGUCCAUGCCUCCAGCUCUGCGUCUCAGGGGCGGCCCCUGAGCUUCCAUGGGCUGUGGCCCAAGGAUUACAAUCCCAGAAUUUAGCCAACUGUAUGGAGAACGGAUGUGCUCCAAGGGCUGUGAAUCCAUGAAAGAAAAACAGGAGACAAAUGUGUAAAGAAAAUUCCAGCACAGCGUGAUGUGCAUAAGAGGCCCUUUGUAUGAGAUACAAAGGAGGCCUUACAGGGAACUCUAGAACUAGAACACUGAGAGCGCCACUGGAGCUGGUUGGUAGGGAAUGGGCAGGAGUCUCCCAGGCUGGCAGGAUGGGAUAGUAGGGGUAUUCCAGGAAAAAGGAACAGCUUGUAAGAAGCACAGAAACAUGUAAGUGAGGUAUUCGAGAACUGCAGGUAACUAGACCGGUAUGCCUGGCAAUAAGCAUGCUGUGCUAAAGGUGGCCAGAGACAAGGUCAGAGAGGUGGGCAGGCACCCAUAUGGUGCUGUGCCUUUUAGACUGUUAAGGCGUGAGAACUCUAUUUGUAGACAGUAGAGUACCAGACUUCUCACCGACCCCUCAUCACAGUGGACCCACGGAGUGUCCCCCCAUACAGUUGCUUCCCUUUUCUUUCCUUCUUCCUUCAUUCUUUUUUUCCCUCUUUUUAAAAGUUGUAAAAUACAACAGAAAACCAUCUUGACCAUUAUUAAGUGUCUGGUGGCAUUAAAUACAUUCACAUCGUUGUCCCACCACCCCCACCAUCCAUUCCCAGAACUUUUUUAUCUUCCCAAACUCUAUAGCCAUUCAACAUGCAACACUAACCCUUUCUUUCCCCUGAGCCCCUGUCAACCACCGUCGUACUUUCUGUGAAUUUGGCUAUGCACCUAAUGUAAGUGGAAUCCUACAGUAGUUCUCCUUUUGGGUCUUGUAUGUUGCCUACCUCAAUGCCUUCAAGGUUUUUCCUUGUUGUAACAUGUCAGAAUCAACUUUCUGAAUAAUAGGCAGAAUAAUAUUUCAUUGUUGGUAUGCAGCACAUUUUAUUUAUUCAUUUGGGGCUCAGUUGUGAAUAACAUCACUGUGAGCAUUAGCGUACAAAUACAAAUAGGUUCAAGUCCCUGCUUCUAGUUCUUUGUAUACCCAGAAGCAGAAUUGCUGGGUCGUGUGGUAAUUCUACAUUUAAUGUUUUUGGCUGAUCAACAUACUGUUUUCCACUAUGGUUGCACCAGUGAAGAAGGGUUCCAUGAAAUCACUGAUUUUGUAAUGACAUCUCCCUUGACUACAAUACACGUUAACUGGAGAACAUUUAGAAAACGCAAGAGAACAAAGUGCAGAAAAUAAAUCUUUAUUCUAACUA